CCGCCAUAUUUGUUCAAGCCAGUGAAGGAGGAACCGGAGGACUUUUACCAGUCCGGUAUCAGAACCCGACGAAGCGGCAAAGAAUGUUGCGGCAAGCGACGACCAUUGACUCCUAAUGCAGUAGACGCUGACACUAGAACAAAAGUGUCCGGUUCGAGCAACAGCAAAGCGGUAAAUUCAAACGUUUCGACUCCCAACGUCGCUCCGAAGAGUCCGAGCAGCGUUUCGACCAGCAGCAACGAAAGUGGUCUGGAUCAGGAGAAGAAGUCGCCAUGUACCAAGCGGAAGAAGCGGAAGUUGGAGAAGGAAGACAUGUCCUCCGUAGUGGCCAAUUCUAAGGCGGACAAAAGAGGUGGUAGUUCAGGUGGUGAACAUAGUGGUAAAGCUAAGCGAGGCCGGACACGUAGCAACCAUUCGGAGACGGGCAGCGCCAGUUCGAACGAAUCGACUGGCGGUCACGAGGGUGAUACGGAAAUGCACGAUGACAAUUCGUCGUCGCCUUGCACCCCUAGUCCCCCGACGACAAUCAUGUGUCGAAACUCGGCGAGCGACUCGGAGUCGAUUGCAAACGUCGUUCGCGACAGUCUCGUAUCGACCACACCCGAGGUGUCCUUGCCACCUUUCAGCACCUCUACUGUCAUCGAUAGCAUGGUACCUGCAGACCCGAGUAAUGACAUGCUGCCCACUGAGAAGAGCAACGUAACUGCAUCAACUUCAGCAACUGACGCUUACAUCUCAAACAGUGCGGACGACUUAGAUGUGCCGGUACCUGUGCCCGAGUCAUUGAUAGCGACGACCUCACACUCUGUCAUUUGCUCCAUCGAAGAGGUGAACUCUGCCGAAGGACGAGUAGGAGUGAGCUCUGCCGAAGGACGAGGAGGAGCUGGAGGCGAUCGAUCCGCCGCCACUUCCACUGUUCCAGUGCCCCCCGCGAUUCCCGUGUCGUCCUUGGUGCUGACUGAGCAGCCACAACCGACCGCUUCCCCUCUCGAUUUGGUCCCCGCUGUCGCCGUAAGCUCCGCCGUUCAGGUCACCAGUGUAGCCUCUAAGGCCAACGACCUAUAUGGCGCUUCUUCAGUUCCCAUCACCAGCCAGCUAUUCGUCGACACGUCCCCUACCGCCAAGGAGUUGAAGGUGCCGAAACAGGAGCCGGUGGAUGUCGACGAAAGGGCCGAAAACGACGACGACGUUGGCGGCUAUACCGAAGAUCACUCGCUGCCUAUCGUUAGAGAACCGGAACCAAAAAUCGACGAUGGCACCGAGUGCCACAGAACCAAAAAUGCCAUGUAA